GGACUCCGGAGGACGAUUGCCUGUAUGGAUGAGGAGCAUCCGCGCACAGUGGCCAGCAUCAACAACAGAUCACACCUAAGGCAAAUUCUCAACAUGGAGGGUCUCUACAGGCAGAAUAAAGCUCAGAACUCCCCCCUGAAAACAUUACUGGAGAUUAUUGUAAAGCACCGCAUCGAGGGCCUUAAGAAUGACAAGAUCACCUGCAGUGAAAGUGAUCCCCUGCAGUCUACUCCAACCAUCAGCUCGAUUACCAGCUCUCCUGCAGUAACACCAAAACUGACGGAUGAUGCAAAGACAGAGGAUAGCACAACAGCUUUUGCUGUCAGCAAACACAUCAAAAUAAGGUCUGCGAUGGGAGAAAUCUGCCCCUCUCAGCCUACAUAUACUUCAUUAUUGCUUGAGACAGACAGGCUAUCCAGUCAAAAUCAAACCAGUUUCUGGGCUUAUGACUCAGAGGACCAGAAAAGCCAGCCACAGAUGACCUCCCUCCAAGACAAAGAGAGCUUCAUCAGAAGAGAACCAGAAAAAAAGACUUUCAUCACUGAGAGCACCCAAAGAAGCAGAACUAAUCGUAUUAGACGUGGAAUGAUGGCUGGACCAAUUGCUAGCACACCUCAGGAAUCAAACAAAAAAAGGCAGAACCGAAAGCUAGAAGUGCCCCAGCUGCUGCUCAGAAAAGACGAAAAUAGGCGGUUUGGGGAUGGACUUUUA